UUUAUACUGCCGCCUCCAUUCACCACUUGGAAGCGAAUUAGAUUCUUAAUUGGUUUUCUUUAGAUCCUAGUAUCACUUAACCACAAUAUUCCACCCCACAACCGCGCGCAUUCACCGCAAACCCUUACUUAUCACCCACCAUGGAAUUGCCGUACUCACCGCGACGAAAACGUCGCCGCACGUGCGAAACACCUUCCCCUCGCAUCCUCCGAUCCACAACCAUGAAGCGCCGCCCUCACCUUCCAGCGCCUGAGCCAGGCGCUCUCACCGGUUUUCCAGAGCCCACCAUUCUCAACACCUCACAAGUCAUAGAGGAGAAGCAGUUCCCAUUGAUAGAAUUACCCGCCGAACUCCGCAUCUACAUCUAUCGCAUGGCGCUCCAGCGCGCUACACCCUUACUCCUUCAUCUCCCUCGUCCCUCCAUAGAUGUAUCCUCUUCUGAAGUAGACAACUUGAGUAUGAAACUUAAUCAACGGGCCCUUCUAGCCGGCAAGGAAGCGCGCAGGCGACGUGCCGACCAUGGCCACGAUGAUGUCCUCGCUCCCGCACUGCUCCGAACCUGUUCUCUGGUGUACAAGGAGGCCCGACAGAUUCUCUACUCAGACAACACCUUCGUCUUACAACUAGACAGUGGGAUCCAUACGCUCAGCAACCUCCACCAACGCAGUCGUAGUCUGAUUAAACACGUUUCUCUGACUAUAACUUCCCACCACGACAUCCUGGACGGGUUUGCGGAUUUGGUGCGUCUGGGAUUGCGGUAUUGUUGGGGGCUGAAGACUUUCACGAUUGCUCUUCCGUGUUGCUUUACGGAUGAUAAGUUCAUGGGCAGUACGACCAGUGUUUAUGCAAAUGCGUUUCAUAUUUUGCGGUGGUUGACCAAAGGGUGUGCGGUUCGUCUUGAGGGCAAUGUUAGUGAAGCUAUAAGGAGAGUGGUGGAGGAUGAGGGGAGGUUGCUGAGCAUUCUUGAUCAGACGAGCUACUUGAAACGGCAACAUCAGAUGCCAGGCAAGUUGGACAGGAAGAACGGGAUUCGAUUCUCCGCAGGGGAACCUGGUAUAUCCUGCUACUACGACGGGACUUGAGAUCGGGUUUGAUGGGUUAUGGCAACCUAGCCAAGGGAAAACAGGAUGGUGCCUUGGGUUUUCUACGGCUGGCAGGCUGGCGGGCUUUAGGAUUGGUUUAUUUGGCCCAGGUGGAAUAGUGCUAGGUAUUGCUUUUUG